GAAACUUCAAUUGAUAAGCGCCUUUUGAACUCAUUUUUGUGUAAAAAAUCAAUCAAAUUGAAGACUCACUGUGCAUUUCUUCAUCUUUAACUCACUGAAAAAAACUAAAAAUGAAGAAAAUGGAUAUUAUGCUCAUUGUGCUCUUUUGUUCAACUGUGAUUGCUCAUCUUCUCAUUUUUCUUGCUACUGUAUUACCUUAUUGGAAUUUUUAUACCUCGCCAUCAAGUAUCAUGAUGAUAAUGGCAUUUUUUCUUGCGAUAUUGGUGUCCAUCUGCGUCAUUUUUUCUUUAAUCUGCAUAAUGUGUCAUUCGUCCCGGUGGUCAAAGAUUGGCUUUGUCAUCACUUUCGUGAUGGCUUUUAUAACAGGUGUCCUUCAAAUCGCUUCAUUUGUUGUAGUGGUUAUUGUAUCUCAGACUGGUUCUGAAUUUGAUGGUAUCUCGACUAUUGGUAUCUGUGCGUAUUUUGCACUUGUAUCGCGAGCUGAUCAGAAGCCAACCUCUCAAUUAGGAAUUCACAACUAAUUUGGAUUUGAUCCACAACUUGCAAAUAAAAUUUUUCCGGUUUUUGGAAUGCCGUUUUUAAAUUCUGAAAGAUCACGAAAUUUGCAACAAAAUGGCUACAGGGAUUUUCAAAAUAGUUCGUUUGAAACCAGAUAUAAAUUUUCAAAGUUUG